AUGCACAGAAACUACGAGGACGCACGAUUGACAUUGGUACACGACUGCUUUAUACGGAAAGUGUUCUGGGACGACCACGAUGUGAAGGCCUCAGCCGAAGCUGCUUCUCUCGCGAUUGUCAUGUCACCCUGGUUUAGUCGAGGCUGGACCGCGCUCGAGCUGGCACGAUCUCGCAAGGUAAAGGUGCUCCUCAGUAGAGCCAGUGGUUAUGUGGUGAAAGACCUAGACACUGAUAUCCUCGCAAGCGCGACCGACUUCUCGGUAAGCAGCUGUCACAAAACCGCGACCCAAGCAAUUAUCAAGCUCCGAAAUUUCAAGAUCACGUCGAUAGACGACCUCAUCACUGUCCUCAGUCCGCGAUAUACCUCUUGGGGGGGUAGAGACAUGGCAGUCAUCGCCGGUCUCUUGACUGAUGUUGAGAUAGCGGGCAAAGAGUCGCAGCAAGAGAUCUACCAGAAGAUACUCAGACAAAUCGGCCGAGUUCGGCACGGGCACCUGUUUCACAACUCGAGCACCAUGUCUCGGGGGUUUGGAUGGUGUCCCACGAGCCUUCUUCACCUGCCACUGUCUUUAUCCGAGACCAGUCUACGCCUUGAGAAGGACGGCAGUGUCAUUGGCAAGUGGAAGGUUCUCAAUCUGAGUCGCAUCCCAAAAGAAGCUUUUGUAUGGAACGGCAUCCACCCACUGACGGAAGCAGCACUUCGCCUGGCUUCCAGACAGCCUCGGAAGCAUGUCCUACUCAUUGAGCCUGAGACUGAACAGGUAAGAAGGGCUCUCUUGGUUCAACUGAUGGGGCGGGACCGACCCCCAUCGACUCUCUGCUGCAAAUUUGUUGUCUGUGUCCACCUUCACCCCCCGCAAGAUUUUCAGGACAAGACCUGCACCGAAACUGAAAUCAGGAUUGGAGAUACUGACGGCAUGGAGGAGAUUAGUAUUAAAGAUUUGGAAAUGACGAUCAGAUGGUCGGAUGCCGCUGUGUCAACAACGGUAGACUAUGCGGGAUGUGUGGAAGAUGGGCAAAGUACGGGUGCAUCUGCCCCUUGUCUCUUCAAGUCGGGGUCUGUUACAACAUCAGUGGCUUCAGCAGAAGACGGCUCGACCCUGUUGCGGGCUGCUGAAAGAGGUGCCGAAUUCGACGUCCAACUAUUGUUGGAUGCCGGGACCCAUCCUGACUGUCGAGACAAACACAUGCGGACGCCUCUGCACCGUGCAGUGUGGAAAGGUCACUACUCGAUAGUGGAAGAGCUCAUCCGGCACAAUGCCACUCCGGGGUUGAAGGACGAGGUUGGACAACUUCCAAUACACCUGGCAGCGGAGCGCGGCGACGCCCGAAUGUUUGAGAUGCUCCUAUGCGCGAAGACGAGUUCAAGUGCGGAUUUCAAUGUCCAAAGCGACAACGACGGACAAAGCGUCUUGCAUCGUGCGGCUUGGGGCGGUUCAACAGCCGUGAUCUCACUCCUGAAGGAGAAGUCCAAUUGGGAGACCCGCGACAAGCACGGAAAAACAGCCUUGCACAUAGCGGCGGAGAAAGGCCACACCGCGAUUCUGAGGCAACUCCUCGACUGGAAGGUCGACACGAACCUCCGGGACAGCUACGAUCGAACGGCGUUGAUCAAUGCGGCACAACACGGCCACGAGUCCGUGGUCAGCCUGCUUCUCGGCCAGCAGGACAUCAAGGUCAACCCUGCCGACACCCUAGGGCGGACAGCACUCUUAUGGGCAGCGCGGCGCGGACAUGGGCCGGUCCUACAGCUUUUGCUCGAACGCAAGGAUAUCGAGAUCAACGUGAGAGAUCAUCUCGGACGUGGUGCAUUGAUGUGGGCAGCAUUACAUGGCCACGACCACAUAAUCCGAGUUUUCCUCGAGCAAGAGAGCCUUGACAUCGGAGUUCUCGAUGGAUUCGGACGCCCACCGUUGUGGUAUGCAGCCGUCUUUGGCCAUGCGGAGUUGGUGCCACUGAUUCAUGGGAAAGACGUCGACGGGUCCACGGGACUGGAGGACUGGGUACGUCUAUCCCAAGCCUCGCAUCGCGGCUAUGAGACAUUGUUAGACCUCCUGGUGGCCGAGCAUGACUACCACAGAUGGGACAAGGGAUAUGACCAAGAUCCGGUGCUGUGGGCGGUCAAACACAGAAACUACGAGCUGACCGAGCUACUACUGCUCCGCUUUGGCCUGCGGGCGGACCUGGGAGACCGGGAAAACCGAACGCCACUGUCGUUUGCGGCAGAGGAUGGAUUCGACGCCGGCCUGGAUCUUUUACUGGAUGCCGACGAGGUUGAUGUCGCUGCCAGGGAUUACCGAGGACGAUCACCACUUCUGUACGCCGCUGCAGCUGGACACGAGGGGGUGGUUCGAAAACUAUUGCUGACCAACCAAGUCGCCGUCGACGCCAAAGACGAACGCGGUCUCACAGCCUUUUCAUGUGCUGUUGGUGGGGGUCAUAUGGCUGUUGCCAGACUGCUCCUGGCGACCGGUAAAGUCGAUGUCAACUCCAGGAGCAAUGAGGGUCGCACUCCGCUCUCGUUCGCCGCCGGCUUCGGAGAAGACGAUCUGGUUCGGGAGCUUCUUGCCAGAGCCGAUGUGGACGUCGACGCAAGAGACCAGCAAAACCGGACGGCAUUGUCGUAUGCGAUCCAACACGGCCAUGAAGCGGUGGUCCACCAACUCCUUACCAAGACGGAGGUCGAUCUCGACCUGUCGACUAACUUUCUACGCACUCCUCUCUCCUACGCUGCCGAACAAGGAAACGAAAGUCUGGUUCGAAAGCUCCUCACCACGGGCAAGGUCGGUGUCGAUCAGAAGGAUUCCAAUGGCCGAACGCCCUUGUCGUAUGCUUCUGAGAACGGUCACGAAUGCAUUGUCACACAGCUCCUCGCCACUGGCACCGUUGAGAUCGAUUCAGUCGACAAGGAAGGAUCCACCCCUUUGAUGUAUGCUGCUCUGAGUGGAAAUGAGAACGUCUUCGAUCUCCUGUUGUCGACGGGGAAACCUAUCCUCGAUAGGAGGGACCGCAGAAAUUGGACACCACUGAUGUAUGCAGCCAGAAUGGGGUACGUGACCUUGGUAGAACGACUUCUCGCGACGAAGGAGGUUGAUAUCAAUGCGAAGAGUCAAGAUAAUAUGACGGCGUUGGCCCAUGCCGCCCACCGUGGACAUUUGGCCGUCAUUCUACGCCUUCUAGCCACCGAAGUGAUUGAGGUCGAUACAAGGGAUGGCAGCGGCCAGACCGUGCUCAGUUUGGCAGCUCAGGGCGGCCAUGAUGUGAUUGUCCGACAUCUCCUUGGCACCAAGGAGGUCGACCCGAACUCGGAAGAUUCUUAUGGCCACACACCUCUGUGGUAUGCAUCGGUCAAUGGGCACCAUCGCGUGGUCAAAACGCUCCUCGACACGCAUGCAGUCGAUGUGAACGCGAGAUUUCGGGAAGGCAUGUCGGUCUUAUCCCAUGCGAGUCGCAAGGGCCAUGACGCCGUGAUCGACGCGUUGCUGGCCGCCGACGACAUCGAUCCUGACCAGAGGGAUGAAAACGGACGGACAGCGUUGUGGCAUGCGGCAAGCUUUGGGCACGCCCCGGCGAUCCGGCAGCUGCUCCUUUCACAACGAGUGGAUGUCAACGUCAAAGGCCUCGAGAACCGAACCGCGCUCUCACUUGCCGCGCAAUUGGGACAUGAGAAUGCCGUGAAGGAACUUCUCACCGCAGAGCAUGUCGACCUCAAUUUACCAGACGACACAGGUAUGACGGCGCUGGCUUAUGCCGCUGGGGCGGGAAACCCCGCCAUCGUGAGAAUGCUUCUGGCCACCCAGAGGGCGGUGGUCGAUUGCCGGAGCGCCAGCGGACAGACCCCCCUCUUCCAUGCGGCCGCGAGUGGAAGCACGGAUAUCGUCGAACAGCUGCUCGCCACCGGAGAGGUCGACAUCGACGCCAAAACAAGUCACGACGGCUCGACGCCGUUAUACUGGGCCGCCUUCUACGGCCGAGACGAAAUCGUGGCGCUCCUCCUGGGCUCCGGCAAGGUCGACCCGAACUGGGAGGGGAGGAACCUGUUCUCGCCGGUGUGGCAGGCCGCUGUCCAUGGGCAUGUCAACGUCGUCAAACAGCUCCUGAGCACAGGUCAAGUCAGUAUCGACCGGCUGGUCGACAAGAUGGGUCGGACGCUCCUGUCCCACGUAGCUGCGGAAGGGCACGUCGCAGUGGCGGAGCUCCUGCUCAAGACAGGAACCUAUGAAGUCGACUCCCGCGACGACAGGGGUCGGACCGCCUUGUCUUAUACGGCCAGUUACGGACAAAUGGCCAUGAUCAAGAUGCUGGUCGCGACGGGGGAUGCUCAUGCUGAUUCAAAGUGCAAUGCCGGCUUGACACCGCUGCAAUAUGCUGCCAAAGAUUUCACUGGGGGCGGCAGACGAGACCUGUUGGUGCAAAUGGAACGGAUUUUGAACUCAGGCUACUAA